CAGCCCUACCCAGUGGUCAACUGUCAUCUGAUGUGAGCAGGGUCAACAAACUGCUGUACCACGAGAGGAGGCUACAGGACAUGAUAGGAAAGUAUAGCGUGAGGGUGAAGGGCAGCGCGUGUGCUUCAAUACAGAUAUCAUGGAAGAGAGGAAAAUACAAACAUGGUGAUCCUGGAAAUCAAAAUGCUCUCUGGCUUUGUCCCAGAUCCACAGUCUUUGAAGGAGCUUAAAGGGGCCCUGCUGGUGGAUCUUGUUGAAGAAAAGGAGGAUCAUGUUAUGGUGUACAUCUGGGAGCUACCAAAGGACAUACCCAUCAACUACAAGUUACGUCUCAUCCAGGAGCUGUCAGUGCAGAACCUGAAGCCAGCCGUCGUCAAGAUGUAUGACUACUACCAGCCAAGUGACCAGGCGGAGACAGAAUACAUCCACACUUGUGCUGCAGGUAACACUACAUGA